ACAUAUUGGUUGGGAUCGGUUUUUGCAAGCAAACCUACUCGGUCUGACAACUGAAGUGAACAAAAGACAACGCAGGCAACAGCAGAACUUCCUCCGAAAUACCACGUGUUUUGUUCUCCUCAACUGUUUCCAUUGGGGUCACCCCCAUUCAAAUUAAGUUUCAAUUUGCAUUUGAUUUCAGAUUCCUUUCCCAUCGAUCUUUUCUAGGCUUUGAAUUCUAAACCCUAACAUCUCUCACUCUCCAUCUUUGCUUUGGGGUUCCGUCUAUGGAGAUUUCUUCAAUUUCCACUACUACACUACACUACUUCUGUCCCUCAACAGAGUCUUUGCUGUUCAAGAGAGUUAAGCUUCCUUCAUGGGAUCAACAUCUGGUGUCUAUUUCUUUGAAUUCAAGAACUGAACAGCGUUUAUUAGCUCGGCCAUAUUCUCUUGCUCACAAGGGGAACUCGGUGAAGGUUAAAUGUAGUCAAAAGAGAGAAAUUCCGGUUUUAGAGGCCAGUUCUAUGGACGAGGUUUUUGAUAUUUUGGCUGAACGUAUUCUUCCUACAUCAUCAGUAGCAUCAAAUCCUAAUACAAAGCAUAUUGUCGGUUUAGCUGGGCCUCCUGGUUCUGGGAAAAGCACUCUAGCUUCUGAAGUUACACAGCGCAUAAACAAGUUCUGGUUCCAAGGGGCUUGUACGUCUGAUCCUCAAGUUGUGCCUCCAGAUGUGGCUAUAGUUGUUCCGAUGGAUGGAUUCCAUCUAUAUCGUUCCCAACUAGAUGCAAUGGAGAAUCCAGAAGAAGCACAUGCAAGAAGGGGAGCUCCUUGGACUUUUGACCCUGUGCUACUGCUUAAUUGCCUCAAGAGUCUAAGGAAACAGGGUUCUGUUUAUGCACCAUCAUUUGCCCAUGGUAUUGGAGAUCCUAUUGAAGAUGAUAUCUUUGUGAGCCUUCAGCAUAAAGUGGUCAUAGUAGAAGGAAAUUAUCUAUUGUCUGAUGAAGGGGUUUGGAGGGAGGUAUCAUCUAUAUUUGAUGAGAAGUGGUUCAUUGAUGUUGACCUUGACACGGCAAUGCAACGGGUUCUAAAAAGGCAUAUAUCAACAGGAAAGCCCCCUGAUGUUGCUCAAUGGCGGGUAAGUGAGAUAGACUACAAUGACCGACCCAAUGCGGAAUUUAUAAUGAAAUCAAAGAAAAAUGCUGACUUGGUGAUCAAGUCUAUUGACUUCUUCCAAAGAUAAUUAAACCUGAUGAAAUAUUACAUUUUGAGUAAUGGGAGAUGAGGGGAAAAUGUAUGAUUUGAGUUGGAAAGAUGGCUUCAAUAAUAGUGUCUUGGGACAGUGUUGGAAAUUAAAAUUUUAUGUACUUUCACUGUUGUUUCGGUUUAAUGAAAACGACUUGACUGACUA